AUGUUUCUAGAGCGUCUGCCUGCAGAAGUUCAAACUAUCUUGGCAUCCGGUUCUCAAGAUCACACUGUCUCACAGCUGGCUGAAAUGGCAGAUCGAAUGAUAGAGGUGCAGCGGUUCCGGUCGCUUUCCGUUGCCCAGAUCUCCACAUCCUCAUCGACAGCGAAUGAGCAGUUAGUGAAGCAGGUGUCGGCCAUGGCGGAUGAGAUGACCUCCCUAAAACUACAGCUCGCACGCCUUGGUUCCAGUUGCUCACGCAGCCGUCGUCGUUCCCGUUCGCGACCUCGGACUGCCGAUAAUACUUGGCACCACACUAAUUUCGGCGUAAAGGCCCGUCGCUGCUCUUCACCCUGCUCUUUUAAGCCGAAACAGGGAAACCAGUCAGCCAGAGAAUAGACGAGACCGUUUUCUCUGGCUCUUCCGGCUCUGGUCGCACCUUCUAUGUUUGUGACACUGCUAAUCGCAGACGUUUCCUGGUGGAUUCUGGGGCCCAAAUCAGCGUUGUUCCCACAAUUGCGGCUGCUCAUCGUUUCCCUAAUCCUGGUCUUCACCUCCAAGCUGCCAGCUGUGCCCCCAUUCCCAUUUUUGUCACUCUGUCCCUCACCCUGAACUUUGGCCUUCGUCGGUCAUUCACCUGGGUCUUUGUCAUUGCUGAUGUCCCUCAUGCACUCCUCGGCUCGGACUUUCUUGCCGAGUUCGAUCUCCUUGUUGACUGCCGACGUGCCCGUCUCCUCGACCGCACAACCCGUCUGUCUGUUCGUGGACUAACUUCCUUUACUGCCCCCACCAGCUUAUCUCUCUUGGAUACAGCUACUGGUAGCCCCUUUCGGCGACUGCUUCUUACACACCCCAACAUAAUAAACCCCCAGUUUCGCAGUGGUGAGGUCCAACAUGAUGUUGUGCACCCUAUCCGCACCUCAGGUCCUCCCGUGUUUGCUUGGCCAAGAUGACUAGCACCGGGACGUUUCCAGGCCGCGAAGGCGGAGUUUGAACACAUGCGGCAACUGCGAAUAAGUCGGCCGUCCGAGAGCCCUUGGGCGUCCCCACUGCACAUGCUGCCCAAGGUGACAUCAGGCGAUUGGAGACCCUGUUGCGACUAUCGUGCCCUUAACAGCGCUACCAUUCCUGAUCGGUACCCCGUGCUUCAUUUUUAGGACUUUGCCGGAGCCCUUUUCUGCAAAGCGGUUUGCUCGAAGAUUGAUCUGGUGCGGGCUUUUCAUCAGAUUCCAGUCGCCCCUGAGGACAUCCCUAAAACCGCCUGCACCACACCCUCCAGUCUCUCCGAGUUCAUCCGCAUGCCGUUCGAUCUUCGUAAUGCCGCCCAAACGUUGCAGAUGUUCAUCAACCAUGUCUUCCAUGGUCUACCCUUUGUGUAUGCCCACAUUAAUGACCUCAUGGUGGCCAGCCGGAAUGAGGAAGAACACAAAGAGCAUCUUGCCUUGGUGUUUGACCGCCCUGACAAGUUUGGCGUUGUCAUCAAACCCUCCAAUUGCGUGUUUGGUGUGCCCUCGCUCGAGUUCCUCGGCCAUCCUGUCGACUCUGAAGGUUUGCGUCCCCUCACCUCCAAGGUUGAAGCAGUUCGUAAUUUCCCUCCACCAACUUCCAAGCGUCAGUUGCAGCGAUUCCUUGGCAUGGUCAGUUUUUAUCGCCGGUUCCUAUCGAACUGUGCUGACCUCAUGCUGCCGCUCACUAACAUGCUUUCUGGUCCCAAAGGUCCCCUCGAGCUGACUGGUGAAACACUGACUGCUUUUGAGAGAAUCAACAAUUCCCUUGCCGACGUCACCUUACUCACGCAUCUCGCUCCGAAGCUCAGCUGUCCGUGAUGGCAGAUGCUUCAACCGUAGCCGUGGGUGCAAUCUUUCAACAGCACUUUGCUGGUUCGACUCGCCCACUUGCUUUUUCUCUAAAAAGCUCUUACCAGCUGACACACGCUACAGUACCUUCGGCCGUGAACUACUUGCCAUUUACCUGGCUGUGAAGCAUUUCCGACAUUUCCUUGAAGGUCGGGACUUCACUGUUUUCACGGACCACAAACCGUUGACUUUUCCACUUCGGUCCCGCUCCGUUACGUACAAUUCGAGGGAAAUCGCCCACGUAGACUACAUCUCCCAAUCUACCAUUAACAUCCGCUACAUUGAUGGCACGAAGAAUGAGGUGACUGAUAUGUUGUCCAGACCCUCACUGUCUUCCCUCCAACUCUCACACGGGGUCGAUUUUUGCGCCUUGGCGGCUGAGCAACAGCGAGUCGGUUGUCUUGACGACGAGUCUGUUAGUGCUCUCCAACUCAAAGACGUUCCUCUGACCACCGGCUCUGGUAACAUACUUUGUGACAUCUCGACUCCCUUUCAUCACUCUUUCGUGCCCGCCUCGACGCGUCGAGCUGUGUUUCAAACUUUAAAUGGACUCUCCCACCCUGGGAUCCGAUCAUCUCAAAAGCUCCUUGCGGAAAGGUUUAUCUGGCCUGGCAUGAACAAGGACGUCAAAGCUUGGACUCGGUCGUGUCUGAGCUGCCAGCGCAACAAGGUGCAGCGUCACAACAAAUCCCCACCGGGCACUUUCCCCAGCCCCGACGCACGGUUCAGCCAUGUGCACCUGGACGUCAUAGGCCCCUUGCAUCCAUCCAAUGGUUUCACCCACCUCCUUACCUGUUUCGAUCGAUAUACCCGCUGGGCAGAAGCCAUUCUUUUGCCGAAUACGCAGGCUGAAACCAUCGUGAAGGCUUUCGUCAGUCGUUGGGUCGCCGUGUUCGGUGCCCCAUCCACGGUUACGACUGAUUGUGGUGCCCAGUUUGAGUUGGCACUCUUCCAAACACUACUCAAUGUCCUUGUCUACACACGCAUUCGGAUGACAGCCUACCACCCAGCUGCCAACGGUAUGGUUGAGCGUUUCCAUCACCAGCUAAAUCCCGCCCUGCGUGCCGUAGAAGACCCAGGAAACUGGUCGGACAACCUUCCUCUUGCACUCCUCGGCAUUCGCGCAGUCCUGAAGUCGGAUGUGGACUGUAGCGCAGCUGAAAUGGUCUUCAGCACUAUCCUCAGAUUGCCAGGCAAGAUGAUCACCUCAACCUCUCGUGGUGCCGACGAGACACCUGAAAACCUUGUGCACCGUUUGCAUCAAUUUAUGCGCUCGCUUUUCCCGGUUCCACCUCGAACUCCAAUGACUGAGUCUUAUGUCGAAAAAGACUUUGAAUUCUGUACUCAUGUGUUCGUCCACUGUGACCGUGUGUGGUAG